AUGUCGGAAGAAACAGCGUCCAAGGUUCACGUUACGGCUGAAGAUGCACAAGCAUUCGUAGAAGGUGUGCUCAAGGGCAAUGGUGUCCCCCCCGAGAACGCAUCUACAAUCGCCAAAUGCCUUGUAGCGGCCGAUCUACGAGGUGUAGACACACAUGGAGUCAACAGGAUACCCUCCUACAUGGCUCGCAUCCGACAAGGCGUUCUUGACCCCAAAGCUCAGCCAACAUUGCAAACAACCACGCCAGUUGUAGCCCAGGUCGAUGCCCACAAUGCCUUUGGAUUCGUAGCCGCUCAUAUGGGAAUGAAAGCAGCGAUCGACAUGGCGAAGAUCUAUGGCAUUGGAAUGGUCUCCGUCAAACAUUCUAACCAUUUCGGUAUGAGUGCUUGGCUUGUGCAACAAGCCAUUGAUGCAAACAUGAUGAGUCUAGUCUUCACCAACAGCUCUCCUGCUUUGCCGGUAUGGGGAGGCAAGAGCAAGCUUAUGGGCGUGAGCCCGAUUGCUUGUGGCGCUCCUGGCGGUGAUGAGAAGCCCUUCAUUCUUGACAUGGCACCUUCUGUCGCUGCACGAGGGAAGAUCUACAAGGCGAAGCGUCGUGGCGAGAAGAUUCCCACCGAUUGGGCGUUGGAUGCUGAAGGAAGGAUGACUGAUGAUCCUGCUGCUGCAUUGGAAGGUGUCAUGCUACCAGUGGGAGGACCAAAAGGCUCUGGACUCUCCAUCAUGAUGGAUGUCUUUUCCGGCGUUCUGUCCGGCAGCGCUUUUGCAGGCAAUGUGACAAACCCAUACGAUCCGAGCAAACCCGCAGAUGUGGGCCAUUUCCUUAUCGCCAUCAAACCGGAUCUGUUCAUGUCUUUGGAGGACUUCCGCUCCAGGAUGGACUAUCUCUACWAACGGGUUGUGGAUAGCGACAAGAUGGCAGGCGUCGAUCGCAUCUACUUCCCCGGAGAGCUAGAACAACUUUCUGAGGAGACGAGAAAGCGUCAUGGCAUACCCUAUGUUCAGGCUGAAAUCGAUGCGCUCAACGAAGAGGCGGAGAGAGUCGGAGCGGAACGCAUCAGAAUCAUGCGAUAG